UGUGGCCACAGCUGACUGAGGUGUACCGGAGCCAGCACUCCUCAAUUUAAACCUGGACAUAUAUGAGAAAGACACUUUGUUCCACGGGAGCUGCAGCGAGCUGCCUGUUUUCAGCGGCCCUGUGCGUGUUUUCUUAAACGUGACCUUCGCUCUUGCGAUUACCCAGUGGAGGACAGCUGAAAACAACCCACGGCCUCCACCUGAGGUCAGACUCUUGCUGUAACACGUGGAGUAAUUUUUGUUUCUUGGUCUUUUAUAUUUUUAUUUUUUUGUUUCACUCAACAAAAAUCAAUUAUGUUUUAAGGUAACAAUAGAUGAACUUUUGUAAUUAUUUUGAAACUCAGAACCACUUUGCUUCUAUCGUUUCUCAUCUAGCAUUAAUGUUUCUUUACUGCAAACAAGCUGCAUACUACUAUUUUACUUUCUCACUAAAACAUGAUAUAUUGUCUAAGCUUAGCUUAAAAGGAAAACCUCAAAUCUGACCUAACAUGGUUAUAUUUCUUUUGUGAAAACUACUGCAACUAGUUAUUAUUCCAAUUUUUAAAAUGUAUUUUUAAUCUUUAUAGCACUUCUACAAACCCAGUUACAAAGUCUUUCACCUCUUGGAUAAAUAGGUUAUAGGUCAAAGCUUGUGACAGUCCUGAUCUAGUUAACCAUAAACUAAUGUUCAUUCUUUGUAAUAGCAACACAAAAGAAAGCCUGUUAAAAACAACAUUAAUAUUAUGUCAUUAUGUAGCAUGUGACAUUAUUAUUUUAUUUUUUAUAUAUGUAAACCUGCUGCCUGUAUUUUUGUAGUUUAGCUCCAUUGUUUUGUUUGGCAGCUGUCCAUAAAUUUAGUCAGUAAGUCUCUUACCAUUAAUUUGUGUUUUAAAUUCAAAUUUGUAUCUAUAAAAACAAUUGUUACUUUUUGUUGACUUUUUUUAGGUUUUCAGCAAAUAUUUUUGUCGUGAUUUCAUGAAAUUAUUGAUGACAAGAAAGUUGAAGGAUAUUGCAAAGUGUGUAAAUCUAAAUUUUGAGACCUUUAUAGGACUCAUUAAGUCACAGGUAUCAGUUUAAACUUGAUCUCUAUGUUAAAAACAGGUCAGCAGGUAAAAUGUUUUUGUAAAUGUAAGAAUGAAGGCAGUUUAAAAUGUCAUAUUUAAACCAAUUCGUGAAACAAUAUUAUUAAACUUAAUAAACUUUCAAUGCAAAAUAGCCCCAAAGUAAACAUCUGCCUUUAAUCAGCAUUUAAUCCUGGACGACCACUGUCUUGACUAACAAUGAACAGCUCUAUAUUGAACCAAUCGCACUGUCCUGAGGUGGUGGUUCCCAACCCCGUCUUCUUCACCAUCGGAGCGGUGAGCUUUGCAGAGAACUUCCUUGUUGUGGUAGCUGUCAUACGGAACAGAAACCUCCACUCGCCAAUGUACUGCUUCAUCUGCAGCCUGGCAGCCUUCCACGCCAUCGCCAGCCUGACCAAAACCUUGGAAAACCUCAUGAUUGUGUUUGCUGAUGUGGGACACUUGAAUAAGAAAGGCUCUUCUGAGACCACGCUGGACGAUGCAAUCGACUCCCUGCUGUGCAUGUCUUUCUUGGGGUCCUUUUUCAGUAUCCUGGCCAUUGCCGUGGACCGUUACAUCACCAUCUUCCAUGCACUCCGAUACCACAACAUCAUGACAAUGCAGCGCACUGGGGCCAUCUUGGGCAUCAUCUGGACUGUGUGCGGGGGCUUGGGCGUGCUGAUGAUAUUGUUCUUUGACUUCAAGCUCAUCAUGAUCUGCUUCGUCAUAUUGUUUUUCAUCUCCUUGGUGAUUAUCUGCUCCCUGUAUGUCUUCAUGUUCAUGCUGGCGCGCAUCCAUGCCAGAAAGAUUGCAGCGUUACCGGUUGGUGGCAGGAACAAUCAUCACCAGCAGCGGUGGGGGAGCAACAUGAGAGGGGCCCAGACCGUCACCAUCCUGUUUGGGACGCUGGUGGUUUGCUGGUCGCCAUUUUUUUUCCACCUUGUCAUCAUCAUGGUGUGCCCCAUGAACCCCUACUGCGAGUGUUACCGAUCGCUGUUCCAGCUGCAUGUGGCGCUGCUGACGAGCCACGCCCUCUUCGAUCCAGCCAUAUAUGCCUUCCGCAUCGCCGAGCUCAGGCACACCUUGAGGAAGAUGCUGCUUUGUUCUGACUGGAAGCUCUGCUCGUAGAGACACCUGCUUGCUUAUUUUAUUUUAGUCUGUUUAUCCAGUCAAAUGUUAGCUUUUCAUCAAAGUGUCCUUCGCUCAGUUGAAUAUUCAAAUUUUAGCGUGAACUGUGAACUUGGUUGCCGCUAAGCAGCUGUUUCUCCAAAGGGAAUUCUUUAGAGACAUUCUAACAUCCCGUGUAUUUGAGUAGGCACUGUGGCACUGACUACUGUCCGUCAAUCUCCUCUCUGUUUUGCUUGAAUCCACUGUCUCCUCCUUUCUCCCAACACUUGGAUGUUACCUACUUUCAGAAGUGUCAAUGCAUUCAUGUUUGAAAUGAACCUCCUGUGCUAACAUCCCAACGCAUCCAUUUUAGAGAGCCUGUUACCAAUGAACAUGCAUUUUUUUUCUCAAACCUGAGUGACACGAUGUCCACAUUUACAAAUGUGAAAAAUAAAUUGACAACGCUC